GGAGUGGGAGGGCGAAAAGAGAACUCUCCUCCCGCAUUCCUGAUCCCUCUUCCUGCUCCUUCCCCCCCUUCUCUUCCUCUUUGGCUACGUGGUGGUCGCCCGGGCCGACACCCCGACAGUCAGGCGGGGACCCUCCGUGGGGUGGGGAGAGGGGGCAAGCCUGGGCUCCACGGUGGGAGGACAAAAACUCUUCCUGCCCCUUUGUCCCACCCCUCCCCUUCCCCUUUCCUCUUUGGCUACGUGGUGGUCGCCCAGACUGACACCCCGACAGUCGGGAAGGCAGGCCCCGUGGGGGCGGGGAGAGGGGUGAGCCCUCGGGGUCCGGAGUGGGAGGCAAGUUCGGUGGGGUCGGAGAAGGCUGCUGCUGAACAGGGCAGCCGCGGCGGCGGGAUGGGGCGGGGCGCCAGCGGCCGGACCCCCGGACUCGGGGCGGCGGUGGGCGCGGGGCGAGCCCUGCUCUGCGCCCUGUGCUUCUGCUGCUCCCUGAGCCCGGGACGGGCGCAGUACGAGCGCUACAGCUUCCGCAGCUUCCCCCGGGACGAGCUGAUGCCCCUGGAGUCCGCCUACAAGUACGGCCUGGACCAGUACGGCCACGAGAACUGGGCCGAGAGCGUGGGCUACCUGGAGAUCAGCAUGCGCCUGCACCGCCUGCUGCGGGACAGCGAGGCUUUCUGCCACCUCAACUGCAGCACCGUGCGCAUGGACAGGGCCCGGGCCGCGCCCGCGCCGGGGCCGAGCCCCGACCCUCAGCCCCAGGACAGGUUCGCCGGCUUCCCCGAGCUGCGCCUCUUUGGGGACCUGCUGCACCGUGCGAGGUGCCUUAAGCGCUGCAAGCAGGGGCUCCCCGCCUUCCGCCAGUCGCAGCCCAGUCGCGAGGUGCUGGACGAGUUCCAGAGGCGGGAGCCCUACAAGUUCCUCCAGUACGCCUACUUCAAGGCAAACAAUCUUCCAAAAGCCAUUGCAGCAGCACACACCUUCCUUCUGAAGCACCCCAAUGAUGAAAUGAUGCUAAGAAAUAUGGCCUAUUACAAGAGCAUGCCCGGGGCUGAGGACUACAUUAAAGACUUGGAAACCAAAUCCUAUGAGAACCUCUUCAUCAGAGCCGUGCGGGCAUACAAUGGAGAGAACUGGAGGACAUCCAUCACUGACAUGGAACUGGCUCUUCCAGACUUCUUCAAAGCCUUCUAUGAAUGUCUUGCUGCCUGUGAGGUCUCUCGGGAGAUCAAGGAUUUCAAAGACUUUUAUCUCUCCAUAGCAGACCAUUAUGUUGAAGUUCUGGAGUGCAAACUGAAAUGUGAAGAGAACCUCACCCCCGUCAUAGGGGGCUACCCCGUGGAGAAGUUUGUGGCCACCAUGUAUCACUAUCUACAGUUUGCAUAUUAUAAGUUGAAUGACAUGAAGAAUGCUGCUCCAUGUGUUGCCAGCUACAUGCUCUUUGAUCAGAAAGAUGAAGUCAUGAAACAGAAUCUGGUUUACUAUGAGUACCACAGAGACAAGUGGGGCCUCACAGAUGAGCAUUUCCAGCCCAGACCAGAAGCCGUUCAAUACUUUAAUGUAACCACACUCCAGAAGGAACUCUAUGAGUUCGCUAAGGAAAACAUAAUGGAUGAUGAUGAGGGAGAAGUUGUGGAAUACUUGGAUGAACUCCUGGAAGAAGAAGGAGGCAGUUAAUUGAAACAAACCCAAGGAAUUCCACAGCAACGUGGACAUUUUCCCAAGAAGCACAAGGCCCGAAGUGGUUCUUCCUUUUCCUCCCUUUGCUCAGGUUCAUGAUACCUCAAAGCCUCCCCUUUGUCCUCUGACUCACAGGGGGAGCACCAGCUUUGAUCUCUCAAUAUUCACUGUAAGCAGGGAAGCCAACCCUUCCUCCUGUGUCCUUUCUCUCUAUCAACCCUGGCCACCCCUCUGGCUGAAGAGUGGUCCUCAACUUUUGUCUCCUUACUUGGCUUUCUCCAAAGAAUCUUAUUAAUGAAAAUAGACCACCUUCCCCAAAAGAGAGAUAAUCACAAAAACUUUCUCUCUGCCGUUGAAUUUGUUUGUCUUAGUUUUCAAGCCCUUCACAGACUCCUGACUCAGACACUAUGUUCUUUCACAAAACACUUGGAGAGGUUGUGGAGGGAGGAAGGGAAAAUAGGUGUGGUGGAGAAAGAAGACUCUCCAAGUCUCACCAUUGUGUGCCCUGACACCAACCUCAAUAAAAACCGAACCAAAGGUCUUUAGUUAAAGGUGGUGGGUGUUGUGCCUUUUUUAUGUGUGUUUUCUAAGGUUUAUUUAAAUUUUUGUAUGAUAGUAGCUUCUGUCCUUGUGAGGAGAUAACCCUAAGUUAAGAUAGCAUGGGAGGUGGUAAACCCCGGGAACACCAGCUCUGGUGUUUGCUUUUUUGGGGGGCGGGGAAGGGGGGAACAAUAAGGGUUAAGUGACUUGCCCAGGGUCACACAGCUAGUAAGUGUCAAGUGUCUGAGGCUGGACCUGAACUCAGGUCCUCCUGAAUCCAGGGCCGGUGCUUUAUCCACUGUGCCACCUAGCUUCCCGUGAAUAGUGACUUUGGAUGGAAAAAGUCCAACAGGAACUCUUUUCUCUAAGGAAGCAACUCUUGGUUAAUCACUUUCCUCAUGAAAAUAUGUUCAAUCCCACUAAUUCAUAGGAUGUGGAGGCAGAUGUACCUUUGGAGAUUAUCCAUUCCCAUUUGUUUAUUUUAUUUUAGCUGAUUUUUAUGGGUAACUUUUGGUUUUUUAAUCACUUGAAUUUCUGAAUGGAACCUUCUCCACUUCCCUACCCUGUGAGCCAUCCCUUUGUAACAAGAUCUAAAAGAGAGAGAAAAAAAUCUGUUCCUCAAAACUAGACAACAUAUCAGAUAUGAUAGACAUGACGUUAUAUAAUAUGCCACACUCCAGGGGUCCAUUUCUGUAAGGAAGAGGAGUGUUUUCUCAUCUCUUCUUUAGGGCCAAGCUUGCUCAUUAUAUUUACACAGAAUUGUUUUAUUUUUUUCAUGUUUAAAUGGUUGUAGUUAUUGUGUAAGCUGUUUUGCUGGUUCUGCUACCUUCCCUUUGAAUCAGUUUAUAUGGCUUCCCAUGCUUCUCUGAAUUCAUCAUAUUUGUCAUUUCUUUCUUAGAAUGUCUCCCAGACAUUCUUUUUUUUU